AUGAUCCCAUUACUCGCGGCGUCAGACCUGGAGACAAACCCCUCGUUUGCGAGGUUGUGGGAGUACGUCACGACCGAGCUGUUGGAGGACGAUGGCUCGUUGAGGAACGGGGAGGAGGAGAGGGCGAGGCGGAGGGCGAGGAUGAGAAGAGAAGGAAAGGGGACGGGGACGGGGAAGGGUGGUGGAGGUGGCGUGGGAGGGGAGGGCAGAAUGUAUAGCUACGACGAUGGGGACGAUGAUGGAGAUGGAGAUGACGAGGAUGACGAGGAUGGAGAGGACAACGACGAGACAAAGGACACGAAAGAGCAGAAAGAGAAGCGAUCGAGCUUCCGCUUUGAAGAACACCUCCGCGCCGUCAGGCUCGACAAAGUCAAGCGGCAUAUCCUCUGCGAUGUACUCGAUGGUCUGGCGGACCCUGACUUCUCCUCGCCUGAAGACCAUGGCGAAGGUGAAGGUGACGGCGAUGUUGCUGGCGCGGUGAGAGAGGCUCGUCAAUCCAAUCAGUCCCAUGGUGCGGAGAAGGCGAGUCGCAGUCGUAUACCCAUGCGUGCGUCCCUAUCCACUACGCUGGCAGGAUCUAGGACCACGUCUAAGGCUGGCUCUGCGACGAGCCAGGUCUUGGACCUUGUCACGAACACGAAUCCCGAUCCCGAUCCCGAUCCCGAUUCCGACUCCCAAGGCCCGACGGCGACGAAUGGACGCAAGACAUCAGACGAGCACGAGGACGUGGCCAAUCGGUCUUCUUCUGCUGUGAGGCGCUACAGCUAUCUCCCGUCGAGCUUGCGCGAGCUCGUUCGUGUCAUCGCGGCGUAUUUGCACCUCAGGCUUGACGGGUUGGGGACCCCGCUGUCGAAUGGAGUUUCUGCACGGCGGACAGGGGUGGGAAAACAGGGCGAGGACGACGAAGAUCUUCUCUACGAGGAUAUCCAGCGCUUCAUGGCGAAUAUCCGUCCCAUUGCUGACGCGCUCUCUUCGCGCCUCAGCGAGCUGGAGUCGUCGCUCUGCGUGUUGUCGGAUAUCGCACUUGAGAAUGGCGAUGGAGAUGAACACGACCAUGGGGACGAGGUCCAAGCCAAAGUUAAAAGCACCCAAGGCCACCUUCGUGCAUCCCCAAAUCUGCACGAAAGUAUCCAGACCCAACUAUCCCGCCUGUCCGAUCUGCGCGACACCCUCAUUCCAACAUCGCUCACGACAUUGACCACGACUCUCCAGCACCUCCUCACUCUCCAGCGCCAGCUCCUGCAGCUGCAGAUCCAGCACCUCGAGACCUCCAAGCACGGCGUCCUUUCUCGCUACACGAUGGCGAAAAUUGCUUUUCUGGAUACCGUCGCGCAGGCCAUGGCGCUGAAGGUGCGGGUUCUGGUGCUAGAGGCCAGGAAGGAAGUUGAAUUUUCUCCGCAAGCGGAGGGGAGAAAGGCCUUGAUCCGGGAGAAAAUGACCGAUGCGGAAAAGGAAGAGGGUGAGUUGGAUGACAGGAUAAGUCUGUUGGAAGGGGUGUUGCGGGAGUAUGAGGCCGUUGAUCCCGGAGUUGGGGCCAUGGGGAAGUUGGGAGGAAGGUAUAGAGAGAUUGAACAGGAGAUGCAGAGAGUAGGGGAGGACAUUGAGAUAUUGGAGGCGAGGGUGAAGGGCUGA